UUGAAUCCCACCACUGCCUCACCAAGGCAAAUUAUCUUAUUUUCACUGACCAUCUGUCCUAGGAAGGCUUAGCAUAUAUAGUAUCCUACACAAUAAAUUUUUGUGCUGCAGGUAUUGUUACUGAACUUAUUUGACUUCAGAGGGGUGACCCUCACCCCUGCUGCCCACAUGAUGCGUUUUUUGCCUUUUAAGAACUGGACCUGGUUGCAUUUGUUGAUGAUGGAACCCUAUUUUCUAAAACAAGGGUUUCCAAACCUGGCAACUUUCAGACUUGUGGAUUUUAAUUGCCAGAGUCCCUCAGCCAGCCAUGCUGGCAGAGGAAUUCUGGGAAUUGAGGUCCACAAGUUUGAAAGUUGCCAAGUUUGGAGAGUCCUGUUCUAAAAGGAGGAAAGACACCAAUAAAUAUUGGAAGAAUAGGCCUGGCUCCAAUCUUGAAUAGUAAUUUAAUUAAUAAUUAAUAGUUAAAGUUUUAAUUGCUUAAAUGAUCAGGUUCUGUACAAAACCACAAUAAGCAGCUCUUUUCCCUCAAAGCUUUUUGCAAAUUGCAAUCUGAGCCUCUUCCUGAAAGUUUCUUUGUUCAGGCUAAAGCUGGAAACUAAGUCGGACGCUUGGUUUAACUCUUUCCUCCUCUAUUAAUCAUACUUUGAAACAUAGUAAUGGGACACAUAGUUCAAAAUAUCUCACUGUGGUUGGGGUUUUUUUUUAAGAAAAAGGAGAAAGGUAAUGCACAGAAUAUAAUUGUGCCAUGAGAGUCAAGGUGAACAUUUGGAGUCCUUUUUCCAGCUAUAUUUGUUCAAGCAGUGUGAUCUUUUUGUGUGUGUGGGGGGGGGUGUAACCUUAAUUUCAAACUCUCUGCUGCUUUGUGCCUUUCAGUUUCUUGUUGUCUUUAUAAAAGAGUGCACUUUUCAGUUUUGCUGCUAUAAAUCAGGGAUAAGUAUUCUGGUGCUUUCCAGAUGGCUCCUAUUCCAGAUGGCUCCCAUAAUCCAUGAUUAGUAUGUUAGUAGUCAUGGAUUCUGCGUAUUGUAAUCUCUGGAAAACUUCAGUUGCUAUCCUUGGCAUUAGUGUUGCUUUGAUUAUGCCCAAGUGAAAGGAACUGCAUGGGAACCUAUAAAGAAUAAACAGGAUAUUUUCCUUCCCUUCUGCACCCCAUGACCCAACUCCCACUAGACGUGCAAAUGGUUUUCAUGGCACAGAGAGAGAAGUGACAGGCAAAAUUUCCUUAAGCCAAAACCAUUAUUCCUAUACUGCAUAGAGGAUAGAGUGAUGACCCGUAUCCCUUGCAGUGUUGGGAUGCAAAUUUUAUUACUACAAAUAAAAGAAUUUUAACUGUCAACUGAAGUUUGGUGACAGUGUAACUAAAAUCAUCUUCCUAAAUUGUUUUCAUUUCUUCUAGAAGAUAAAAUUAUACUCGACAACAACUCUUGUGUUAACAUUGCAUUCUCCACUCUACAUUACAUAUAGAGCCAAGCAUUACAUAUGACAUAUUGGGGCAAUGUCAUGUUCAUUGCAUAGCAAGGUGUAACUUCUUUAAACCAAGGUUGCUGUUUCAAUCUUUGGCCAUUCUUUUAAGAGACGUUACAAAUAACAAUCAUUACACACUCACAGUGCCUCAGUAUUAUUUUUUUUAGUGCAGCAAACCACAAUUGUGCUAAAAUGGAAACACACAUAAUGGCAUCAUACAAAAUGCAACCAUUAUGUACUCAUGUCUGCAAGAUACAGUUAGGUAAAUUUGUUUGAUGGCAUCUUUAUGUAAAUUUUGUCAUCUGCCUCCCUGUCCUCCAGGUGUCCAUGUUGAGUUGAACUAUGUAGAACAUAGUUCAUAUUAAUGCUUAGACUGUAAUGUGCAGAUUCAUUCUGAAGUUAUUCAAACUUGUAGAAUUUAGAAAUGUAUCUUCCAAUAAGAGUAGAAAUAAUAGUUAAAGAAACUUACCCAUUCUAAGCAACCCUCUUCAACUGAUACACCUAUUAUCAUCUAAAUUCAGGCCAUUAAACCUUAUUCCAUUCUUCCUAUGCAGAGCUGAGCCACUGGGUUUUUUCUCCCAAUAAUGCAUGAGAUUCCCAUAGAUCUCAUAAGUGUAAAAUUUAAUUUUGAAUUUUGCCUUUGUGCUGUAACUUGUAUAAAUUAUCACUAGUACUUUUGGUUAGUUGAUUGUUGUUGUUUUAUCCUGGCAUGAGGUUGUAUUUUAGAUUUUUUUAAAAAAUAAUAACAUACCAUUAAAUAUCACAUAACUUUAUAUACCUUAGGAUGGUAAGCGAAUGUUUGGUACAUACUUCCGUGUUGGCUUUUAUGGAACUAAAUUUGGAGAUUUGGAUGAACAGGAGUUCAUGUACAAGGAGCCUGCUAUAACAAAACUUGCUGAAAUUUCUCAUAGAUUGGAGGGAUUUUAUGGAGAAAGGUUUGGUGAAGAUGCUGUUGAGGUUAUUAAAGAUUCUAACCCUGUUGACAAGUGCAAACUAGAUGCCAAUAAAGGGCCACUGGAGGUUGCACAAGUAUUUUUAUCUGAAAUACCCAAUGAUCCUAAACUCUUCCGCCACCAUAACAAACUACGGCUUUGUUUCAAAGACUUUACAAAAAGGUGUGAGGACGCACUACGCAAAAACAAAAGCUUGAUUGGUCCCGAUCAAAAAGAGUACCAGCGGGAACUUGAAAGAAAUUAUCAUCGUCUCAAGGAAGCUCUUCAGCCCUUGAUAAAUAGAAAAAUACCCCAAUUAUACAAGGCUGUUCUACCUGCUGCUUGUCACAGAGAUUCCUUCAGCAGAAUGAGCCUUCGCAAAAUGGACAUAUAAGCACCUCAGAAGGCACUUAAAGAGUUUUAAGGUACUGAAAAAGCAGGUUCAGUGUUAUCGACACCAGAAAAUGUGUGGAAUUUGCUCUGGGCAGCUAACACAUGUUCUUUUGACUUGCAUGGGAGCAUUAAGUGGCCAAAUCUUUUCUCCUGGAAAAUGUAGUUUUAAAAGUCCGCUUUUGUAAAAUCUAUUGCCAACAGUAUGAAAGUAUUUUUAAAACUUUUUCUUUUUUAAAUAUUCAAAGGUACUCUUGAAUUCAUCAACCUUAUUUAUAGCAUUCUGUAAUGUGAUUUUUUUUUAGUUUGUAUAUUUAAUUUAUAAUAGCAUUUGAAAAAGCAAACCAUUUUUAAUAGUGUUUGUUUAUAUUAAUGGUACUAUUAAAUAUUUGAAAGUUUCCACUUUAUUUCAUGCUUUUCCUAUUCAUUGCCAUGUGCAUACAGUGUUUUUUUAAAUAAAAUAUGGACAGGUA